AAUUCUGUUGGGAACCUGAAACUGCUCAAAGAGAAUAAAGUCUGUUAAAAAAAGAAAAAAAGAGGAGAGGCAGAAGGAAAGAAGGUGACUCGUGCUUGUCUCCUUUUAGUUGGUCUCACCCAGUCAGGAAACAUGGGUCAAGGGAUGUCACAGCCCCCAACAUGGAGGGAGAAGGAGUUCAGACGGGAGAAGCAGCCCAGAGCAUCAUGCUAGUACCGUUUCCUCCACAAGGAAACAGGAGGCACAUGGAUAAGUGUGCCCUCCCUCCCAGUCAUCUGCCACGUGACUGGCCUGUUACUUCUGUAAUACUGGUUCUUCUGUUUCUAAAUACAUCAUCACAGCGUGCAUUGUUCUUCUGACACGUGUGUUCUUUCUGCCUAGGUCCUCCUGUAUGAUCCUCUCUUUGACUGGACCAUGAAUCCUCUGAAAGCUUUGUAUUUACAGCAGAGGCCAGAAGACGAAAGUGAGCUCCACUCCACUCUAAACGCAGAGGACCAGGAAUGCAAACGAACCCUCAGUGAUACUGACCAGAGUUUCAACAAAGUAGCUGAACGUGUCUUGAUGAGACUGCAAGAGAAACUGAAAGGAGUGGAGGAGGGAACCGUGCUCAGCGUGGGUGGACAGGUGAAUUUGCUCAUCCAGCAGGCCAUGGACCCCAAAAAUCUCAGCCGGCUUUUCCCAGGAUGGAAAGCUUGGGUGUGAUAUUCAGCAUGAGAAUGCCUUUGAAGACAACCUUCAGAAAUUCUGUUUUCACCUUCAUUUUUAACCCACCCACAUACUUUGCAUAGGUAUUAAUAUUUAAACGAAUUACUGUAUUUUUAUAAGCAAUGUUUAGUGUUUGCCUCAAUUACCUAAAGAUGCUUUGCUAGUCUGAAGGAACAGUUCUUCUGUCACACUUUAGAAAGAACCGCCAUCAUGCUCUCCUUCUGGGCGAAAUGUUUCUUUUUUCUCAUCAAGUACCUGGUUGUAUCAUUUUCAGUAGAAUCACUGACUUGUGCUUUAGCCAGAAUGGAAGCAGCAGGCAUACAGGAGCCACACUGACAGAUUUUACUUUAGGAUGAAUUAAAACAAAUAAAUACACUGCUAGUUUUGGUGUAGCUUUUAAUUAAAACUUGUUUCCCAGAUGUUAUGUGUGAGUGACAAAUUAUUUGAUAAAAAUAUGUAAAAGGAAGAAAAGACCUUUAAAAUUGUAACCAUCUACAUACCAUCGUAAACAGACUUAGAUUUUUAGUGGAGUUUCACUUACUGAAUAACGAACUGGUACGAUACAGAGAACAAAUUUCACAGACUCACAGUAUUACUGUUUUUUAGAAAUAUAUGUUGGACCUUCUCAUUGUGUUCUCUUUGUCUUUUAAGC